GGUUUGUCAUUGUGGGGGUUGUCUUGCUGUGCCGGGAGGCUCUGCGAAUUUGGGGCCCGGCCACUGCCUUGUCUGCUGGUGCGAUGGCGCUUCUCCGAAGCAUGUGGGGCGUGCUGAGUGCCCUGGGAAGGUCCGGAGCCGAGCUGUGCGCUGAGUGUGGAAGUCGAAUUCGCCUACCCUUUAGUUUUGUGUAUUUACCGAAAUGGUUUUCAUCCGCCUUGGCUAGUUAUCCAAAGAAACCAAUGACUUCUUACCUUCGAUUUACUAAAGAACAGCUACCUAUAUUUAAAGCUCAGGACCCAGAUGCAAAAAAUUCAGAACUAAUUAAAAGAAUCGCUGAGAUAUGGAGAGAACUUCCUGAUUCAGAGAAAAAAAUAUAUGAAGAUGCUUACAGGGCAGACUGGCAGGCAUACAAAGAAGAAGUAAACAGAAUUCAAGAACAACUAACUCCUAGUCAGAUAUUAUCUUUGGAAAAAGAAAUCAUGCAGAAACGUUUAAAAAAGAAAGCAUUAAUAAAAAAGAGAGAGUUAACAAUGCUUGGAAAACCAAAAAGACCUCGCUCAGCCUAUAACAUUUUUGUAUCUGAAAGCUUCCAAGAAGCUAAGGAUGGUUCAUCACAGGCAAAAUUGAAGACUGUAAAUGAAAACUGGAAAAAUCUGUCUAGUUCUCAAAAGCAAGUAUAUAUUCAACUUGCUAAAGAUGACAAAAUUCGUUAUGAUAAUGAGAUGAAAUCUUGGGAAGAACAAAUGAUUGAAGUUGGACGAAAUGAUCUUAUACGUCGCAAAAUGAGGAACCCAUCAAAAGAUGACACUGAGGAGUAUUAAACUAAAAUACUGAGUUGCGUUCAUAAUGAAUAGGCACAAGUAACCAGUUAGGUCUCAAUACCUGAAGCUACUGUAAAAUUAGAAAGGAUAAAGUUGGUAAACAUUUUAUAUCCACUUCCUUUUUCUUUAGCUCAUGGACUUUUGCCAGUUUAAUACAAACAUACUAGUGGCUUGCUUUGGAAAACCCAAACAGACAAAAGUUUAUGCAAAAUUUAUUUUGUGUUCAGGAACUAAUGAGGAUCAAAAUAAUCCAUGCAAGUGUAGUAGUGAAUCAUUUUACCUUUGAUAAAGGUAAAUCAGACUGUGAAUUUUUUUAUACUGGAUGAUGACUAUGGAAAAAAAUAUUCUUGUUUCCUUAUAUUAUGAGGCAGGAGUUGCCUUUUCAAAAUUGUCACAAACUGUAGAAACCAUAGUGUUCUGUGAUAUAAUUGUGCAUUUUUUAAAAAACAGACAACUCAUCUAGGCAAAUUUCAAUUCCUAGGUAUAAUUCAUAUUAUAUUCAGAGUUGAUGAUGUGUGUGCAAGUGAGUGCUGGUUUCAGUUGCAACUUUUUAUGAAAAGUCUUUUCCUAAAUUAAAAACUAAGAUUAUGUACCAGAUCUAUGCAUAAUGUUUUAUAUUGCAUAGAAUAAAAAUUUCAAUUUUUGAUUUUAUGUUUCCUAAUUAUAUGUUUUAAGGUUAAACAUUCAUUUUGCACCUUUCCUCUUUUUCCUAUGUGAGGAAUUGUGUUUUUUUCCAAAUUAUUUUUCUCUCGUGAGUAUAUUUAUCCAGAAAGAAAACUUGUGUGAAAUAAAUUUUAAAAUGAGAAAUCUAAAAAUGAAAGUUUUCAAAGUCUCUGGAAUUUGAAGCAUUUUGCAUAACACAUAAAAGCCUGUAUAACACCCACCCAUUGCCCACAGGCCAAAUCCAGUCCACACUGCCUGCUUUUUAUGGCUUGUGAACUAAGAAUUGUGUUUAUAAUUUUAAAUGGUGUUUUAAAAGAUUUUAAUGACACAUGAAAAUUA